CUUUUUAACCCCUUUUUAGCCCGCCCUCCACUCACUCUUCCACUGUUUUAACCAGUCUAGAAAGCUCCUCAUCUUUCUGAAUCCGAUCACUCUCUCUAGUCUGACCAAAUGCAUCCCCAAAACCACCACCAGCAAUACGACUCCUCACUUGACCCAGACCAUCCACAGCUCCCAACCAUCAAAAUUCACCACCCGGCCUCCCCAAGACACCACUCCGCCACGUCGGCGGCCACCCCGACGCCCACCGCCGGGGCCCGCCGCAAGAUUGGCGUGGCCGUCGAUCUCUCCGACGAGUCGGCCUACGCCGUGCGCUGGGCCGUGAAUCACUACAUCCGACCCGGAGACGCCGUGAUCCUCCUCCACGUCAGCCCCACCUCGGUCCUCUUCGGCGCUGACUGGGGCUCUAUUGACCUCUCGAUCUCCCCCUCCGACGUGGACGGCUGCCACAGCGCCAACUCCGCCACGGGCACCAAAGCGCCGGACCAGAAGCUGGAGGACGACUUCGACGCGUUCACGGCGUCGAAGGUCACCGAUCUCGCGAGGCCGCUGAGGGAGGCGCAGAUCCCGUACAAGAUCCACAUCGUGAAGGACCACGACAUGAGGGAGAGGCUGUGCCUGGAGGUCGAGAGGCUUGGCCUGAAUGCGGUGAUCAUGGGGAGCAGAGGGUUUGGUGCGGCUCGCCGCGGCAGCGACGGUAGACUCGGCAGCGUUAGCGACUACUGCGUCCACCACUGCGUCUGUCCUGUCGUCGUGGUGCGGUAUCCCGAAGAUAAGGAUGCCUGCGAUCGCGCCGAUGCCACUGCCCGAGCCGUGGCCGUCGUGAAGGAGGUGGAAGAGGAAGAGGAGGAGGAGAACGAUCUGAAAGAUGCUUAGUAGGUAAAUGGUGUCAUGGCUUGAUCCUCUCAAAUGCGGGAAGUAUAGAAGGAAUCUGAUUCAACGAGGAUCAGCUGACACACUGAAGAAUUAAUGUGGAUUGUAGAGUGCUUUCUCUGUGUCGUGUCAAUAAGAUUCUCUUUAUGUAUGAACUAUGAACUAUGAACUAUGGGUGGAUUAGGAAUGAUACAUGUAUGGAUGAGAAUUUUUUUUUGGAUC